UUUCAUCGACAUAGAUUUAUGUUAACAUGGUUUAACUGUUGUGCGUAGUUGUUGUUUUGUGAAAUAUAUAGCUAGCUUUUCCUGUAAAGACUCAGCAGUGCACGCAACACACGGUGAUUAUAAAACAAAGAUGAUAGCUAGGCCUACAUCUUAUUGCCUGGAUGCCCUUUGCCUGAUCAUGAUGAGUAUGGAAUCAUAUAUUUUUUCAGCUAAAUAACCAGAGAAGGAUGCCAAUGCUGCUAUGCUCAGCAACUAUGAGGUGUACCAGCUCCUGACAGAUCUGAAGGAACAGAGAAAGGACAGUGGGAAGAACAAACACAGCGCUGGACAACAGAACCUCAACACCAUCAUGUACGAGACGCUGAAGUACCUGUCUAAGACUCCGUGCAGCAGGCAGAACCCAGAGACGGUCAAGAACUUCCUUACCACCAUGGUGCCUCACAAACUCACUAAGGCUGAGAAGCUACAGCUACUGAACCACAGACCAGAGACUGCUGUAGAGAUCCAACUGAUGGUAGAGGAGAGUGAGGAGCGGUUAUCAGAGGAGCAGAUUGAGGAGCUCAUUCAGAAGGUCACAGACGUGCUCCCAGGCGACCCAGAACAAGAAGGCUCUACCCCCAGCAAUGAAGCAGAGAUGGAAGAGGGCAUUGACCAAUAGCCACGAGUCCUGAUGGAGCUUGUCUGUUACUGAGGGAGGGAGCCUGAGCUGAACAGGAGUCAAAAUGGUAUAAAGAAAACACUGGAAAUUCACUUUCAUGCUCCUUUGGGUGCUCUGGACUGGACAUGGAAGUAUGCAGAAUGGAAUACAGUCAGAUAUUACCAUUGACAGUAACAAGACUGUUCCCAUUCUUCUGUGCAUUACUAACCUACCUGUCUGCUUGGUUCAAUUUUAGCUCUUAGUCCUUCUGUGUUUACAGCACUGUUUCUUAACUAGUGUGUUCUGGAAUCCACUUGCACUUACAGAAGAUAGUGUUAGUGAUCUCCUGUACUACAUGCUUUCAUAUAGUUAGCAGAUUACAACGGGCUAAUGUGAAGCUCCAUUAACCAUUACAGGUUAGGUACUGUUUGUGGCGUAUCACAGAAUGUCCGACCAACCUUGGUGACACUUACUCAAUUUCCGACUUGGAAAACAACCAAUGUCUUCCUAAACGCCUAUGUCUAGUUGCACGGGGCUUUGUUUGAAUUUAGAAAAUGCUCUGUUAUUAAAUAAAUUCUUUGCUCCGUGAAGUAAUCCAAAAAUGUGUACGCCGCCAUCUUGUCUAUUUCAAGUCUUCUCACUCAUUGAUGGAGACAGGUGAGUGUCAUCAUGACAUGCAGCACUUUGUGGUGGAGACCUACCUCUCUUGAUCAAUGAGAGAAGAUUUUAAAUGGUUAAGAUGGCGACGUUCACAUUGUUGGAUUACUUCAUGGAGCAGAACUUUUAUUUAAUUGAAUAACCGAUUUUCUAAAUUUAAAUUAUGAACUGAUGGUUCGAGGCCUGAAUGCUGUGGUAUAUUACUAGGCAAGUCAGUUAAGAACAAAUUCUUAUUUUCAAUGACGGCCUAGGAACAGUGGGUUUAACUGCCUUGUUCAGGGGCAGAACGACAGAUUUGUACCUUGUCAGUUGGAGAUUCGAUCUAGCACCUUUCGGUUACUAGUCCAACGCUCUAACCACUAGGCUACGCUGCCGCCUCGACCAUAUACCAUGGGUAUGACAACGUUACAUUUUGACUGUUCUAAUUACGUUGGUAACCAGUUUAUCAUAGCAAUAAGACACCUCGUGGGUUUAUGGUAUAUGGGCUGUAUCCAGGCACUGCGUUGCGCAUAAGAACAGCCCUGAGCCAUGGUAUAUUGGCCAUAUACCUCACCCCCUCAUGCCUUAUUGCUUAAACAAACCCCUGCAACUAGACAUGGAUGUUUAUAAGACAUUGAUUGUCUUCCAAGUUGGGAAUUUUAGACGUAUCGAUAGUCUGGGUAAGGUUGGUUGAAAAUUCUCUGUUACACCAAACAGUACCUAUCAGCCAGCUGGAACAGAGUAAUGGUCUGACGAGGCAAUAUUUGUAAUAACUGGCUUUCAUAGUACAGUGAAUGGAACAUAGCUAGACAGUAGCACACGCUUGGUGUGUUCAGAGAGAACAGUCAGGGAUCACAGUUUUGACAGCACCCACACUGUCCUCUACAGAGCACUAUUGCUUUCAGAUGCCAUAAAAUGGGGUAGAAGGUAAACUUGUUUUGUAUUUUGUUUGACAUAACCAUACAUUGGAUAAAUAUACUUGUUUCUUUGUAAAUCCAUUUGCCUAAUAAAAUCAAAGGCAUACAGUA